AUGUCUGAGCAACAAGCUACGAAUGAGUUUGAGCUCGAUGGACAGCCUCUAGAUACGGUGUCAGCCCUGAGGUUUUCGCCAUCGAAUCCUCAACUCCUGCUUGCAGCUUCAUGGGAUAGCAAUGCGAGAUUAUACGAUAUUGUUCAGAACGAUUGCCGUUCUACUUUACAACACAAAGCAGCGGUAUUGGAUUGUUGCUUUUCAAACAGCAAUCAAGCCUUUACAGGUGGUUUGGACACAUGGAUUCGAUCAUGGGAUUUAGAAACGGAAAAAAUGAAUGUAUUAGGGACUCAUGACGCAACAGUGUCUUGUGUCUCCUUCAAUAAAGACACAAAUAUGCUCGCAACAGGAUCUUGGGAUAAAACACUUAGAAUCUGGGAUUCGCGUGGCGCAAAUGGAAAUGGAACCUCUGCGGGCUCAUUUGAACAGGUGGAGCGCGUCUAUCGGAUGGAUAUUGUUGGGACCAAACUUGUAGUUGGCCUGGCUGGCCGACUGGUUCACAUAUUUGACGUGCGUAGAAUGGAUUCGCCUCUACAGAUUCGGGAGAGUAGUCUCAAAUACAUGACACGAGCCAUUGCGUGCAUGCUGAAUGGUCAAGGAUACGCGUGCGCGUCAAUCGAAGGGCGUGUAUCCGUCGAAUAUUUUGACCCAUCACCCGAAGUUCAGAGCAAGCGUUAUGCAUUUAAAUGCCAUCGUAGACCUUCCCCCACCGAGAAAGACGUAGAUCAAGUGUGGUCUGUCAAUUCACUCGCAUUCCAUCCAACAUAUGGAACAUUUGCAUCUGGAGGCUCCGAUGGGACUGUCUGUUUCUGGGAUCACACAGCUAAGAAGAGGUUGAGGCAAACGCCUCGUUACCGGGAGGCUGUCAGCGCACUCAGCUUUAACUCGACGGGAAACAAGCUAGCGGUCGGAAUUGGGUACAUGUGGGAUGAAGGAGAAGAAGGCGGAAAACGGUCGCGGCCAGGGGUUGUUAUUCGAGAUGUGGGAGGUGAAGUCAAGGCGAAAUCGCAAUCUUGA